AUGAAAUGCACUAUCAAAAUCCAUAAAUCAUGUGAGGAAUUUUCCGCGCGUCCGUUAUUGGAAAUCACUGGAAAUACCGGAAAUUUAAAUAAUACAGGCAACGUGGAGAUCGAAGAAUGUGUUAAGCUUAAAUUAGUUGGAAAUCAGCAUAAAAAACGACCGUCUGUGGAUUCUUGUCCAGAGGAUCCAGUUUGUUCAACGAUAUUCCCCUAUGAUCCAGCGAAUGCUGCUGAUUUAGUAAACAAUUUGAGAGAGGAUCAAGAUUAUAAGAUUCCUGAACUAUGCAACAAGGUUAAGGAUUUCGCAGCAAGAAUGUGUCCGAAAACGUGUGCGAUGUGUUGCAAAACGAAGGAAUUUAACUGUCACGAUGUCAGUCCUGAUGCAUGUCGAAGGUUGGAUAGAAAUAUUUGUUUAACUGUACCUAGCGUAGCACUAUCGAUGUGCCCAUUUACAUGUGGCCUUUGUCACAGACCCGGUGCUGCUGGAAUGUGUCCAGAUGAAAACGAAAAUUGUGCGGCUAUUUUCCAUUUGGACCCUACAUGCAGUACGGAUUUCAUGAAGAGGUCUUGCAAGAAGACAUGUAGAUUAACGGAUUGCUUACCAGGUAAUGCAACUUCAAAUUCGUCAACUUGUACCGAUUUACACCCUCAAUGUCAAGCAAAUGCCCGGUAUUGCAAUAUAGGCGACUAUGGAGUUGUAAUGAGCAGAGUUUGUAGAUUAACUUGUCGUCAUUGUACUCCUUAG